GUAUUUCAUUUCUGUCUAGCUGCGUCAAGAUGCACCAAUGCCUACGAAUAUCCGAAAUCUUCAGAAUUGUAAUAAAAUCUGUAUCGGAAGACCGUGCCAACCGACGAAAGAACUUGCUCUCCCUAGCUCAAACUUGCAGGACUUUCCACAGCCUUGCAAUUGAUGAGCUGUGGAAGAGUCUGGAAAACUUUGUCCAAUUGCUCAAGUGUCUGCCGGAUGACUUGUGGCAUAUCGACGAGGACGGCGUCAUCUCCUUUUGCCGCCCCAUACUUCCAACCGAUUGGGAUCGCUUUCGAUAUUAUGCAAUACGCGUCCAAACGCUGAAGGUGGGGGCCGAUAUAGCGGUGGAGGCGCUCCGUGACAUCGCCGUAUACAGCCGUCCGCAUCAUGGUUACCUUCUUCCGAACGUACGAGUUGUCUCAUUCUCAGUCAAAAAGGUCGAUUUUGCAGCGUAUCUACCGCUAUUCCUCAACCCGAAUCUACGUUCAUUUGGAUUGCAUGACCGCGGAUGUGAUACACCCCUAGUUCUCUCCAGAUUUGGGGACCUUUUGGGGUCCUUGACACCUAAGCUUGAGAAAAUCACACUCACAAUGCCGUUACGGAAGAGCAUCGACUGCAUCCCCGGAACGCUCACUUCAUCUGCCUCACAACUGCAACACUUGAUGAAAUUUUCUUGGCGCCUCCCACUGUUGCUUACGGAUCUUAUGUGUCUCGGGUCGCUUCCACAUCUCAAUCACAUUUCAAUGGUUGUGCCUGACAACAUUACGGACGACUCGGCCAGUCUCCCUGAACCUUUAAUGUUUCCAGCCUUACGCAUCUUAGAACUGCGCGGACGGACGUUUCCGCCUUGCACAAGGCUUCUUAAGAUCCUCGGCAAGCGAUCUUUUCAGUCGGUACUGCUGC